GCCAUCUCUCUCUCUCUCUCUCUGUCUUCGUCUUACUCUAAGCGGCGAGAGAUUCUCUGCAACUUCCGAUUCCUUCCUCUCUCUCUCUCUCUCUCUCUCUCUCUCUCUCUCUUGAGUCUCCCUGGGAUCACACAAACUUUCUUGGUUUCCGUGAAUGGAAGAUUGUGCUUCGUGGUGUUGAUUUUGCUUCCACUUCACGUUGUUCCCUUUUGCCCCGAGGAUAUGAGCAGCAAACCAAAUCGAGUUUGAUUUUGAUGAAAUCGUGAAAUGUUGGGUUAAUUUAUAAGUAGAUUCGAGUGCCAAGCUUGAGAUGCAAAUGGGUACAAGAACCCAUCUCAGAGAGAGAACAAAACGUUGGAGCCAUACUCGAAAGGAAGAGCGUGUCAAAGUUGAUGAGGUUGUGAAAUACAUGUCAAAGUUGCCAGGUUAUCUCCAAGGAGAAGAAGAGGAAAGCAAUGUUUUGAAUGUUGGAGUCUUGGAUUGGGGUCGUCUCGAGAAAUGGAAGCAGCGUGGUCGAGGGAAAGGCGGUGGAAGAUCAAGCAAACGUGAGAGUAAAGUGUCUUCUACUACUACUACUCUAGGAACGGUUCCCAAUGGGGGCUCCUCCUCUUCUCAUCAAUAUCGUCAUCAUAGGUGUAAGGUUGAUGACCAAGUGCAUGCUUCUUCUCUUCUCGGUAAAGUUAAAGCAGCUUCUCGGGAUGCUUUUAAUAAGCAGGAGAUGGGCAACUCCAAUGGAUCUCUAGGCCCAAAGGGAAACUUGGUGAUCAGGUAUAAGAAGGAGUCUGAGAAGAGAGCACAAGAAGAAGCAAGAGAAAGCGGGAAACAAUGUGCUGAGAAGUUAGUUGGAGAGGAGAAGACCCUUGGAGACUCUAAUGAUAACUUGAAAGUAACAAGGGAGGUUAGCAGCCUCUUUUCAGACGGGAUCAGCAGCUCUUUAGGAUUGACAUCUCAAGUUCCUCCUCCUUCAUGUCCACUCUCUUUUCACUUGGAGAGAGAUUCUGAAGAUUUGCGUCUUGGUGUUGAUCUUUCUUGUAAAAAGGAACGUUUUUGUGGGUUAACAAGUCAUUCAAAGCCAGCUUCUUCGAGGAUAUUUGAUCAAGAAUUUCGACAAGAAAAGAACACACAUAGCAAGCGGUUUAGUUUUAGCUUCGGUCGUCUCAGCAGAAGUCACACCUUCAAAGAGGAUUCAUCAGCUGGUCGCCAACCUUUGACUUCUUCUUCAAAUGAUGCCAUCAAGUCUGACUCUAUGAGAUGUGAUGGUUCAGCUUGUCCACCUCAGUCAAGUAAGCACCGUGGAUCAUCUCGAGUCAGCCCUCUAAGAAGGCUGCUUGACCCUUUACUGAAAUCUAAAGGCUCUGAAAAUGUUCUUCCAUCAAAAGAAGAAAGAUCAACUUGUUCCAAUCCAAAGCCAACCGACAUGGAUGAAAAGAAGCAGGAUACAUCGAGGAGAACCCGAGCUCUUCUUCAGCUAACCAACAGAAACGGCGUCCCUCUAUUUCAGUUUGUGGUGGAUGAUGACAACCUCAACAACAACAGCAGGAGGAGCAUUCUCGGGGCUACGAUGAAAAACUCUGAUUCAUCGUUCAAAGAUGAUUCUGUUCAGUACUGCACAUUCUACUCUGUUGAUGAAGUCAAAAAGAAGAAGAGAAGCGGAAGCUGGCUAAUCCAUGGACACAAAGAGAAACAACAACGCGGGUUCGUCUACACUGUGAUCGGCCAAAUGCGGUUAUGUAAUAACUCCAUGAGCUCAGAUAUUAAAGAGAAGAACGUAUCUUGUAUCAUCAGAGAAGCAGUUCUCUUUGAUGAAACAGAGGAGCAAGUAAAAGGGAGAAAAGAGUUUGCAGCUGUAGUGAUCAAGAAGAAGCCUGCCGAAGAAAACUUGAACGCCCUCGAGGAAACCACUGUGAUCAUUCCAGGCGGGGUUCACAGUUUCCCGGUGAAAGGAGCACCGACACCUUUGGUUACCCGGUGGAGAUCCGGAGGGUUAUGCGACUGCGGUGGCUGGGAUGUCGGAUGUAAACUCCAUGUCCUAUCCAACAAAACACUCCUCCAUGAGUUGGACCAUAGCUUCAAACUGUUUGAUCAGGAAGAAAGUGAUCAAGACUCGGUUCCGGUUUUGGCCAUGACAGAGCUGAAGACAGGGAUGUAUAGGGUGGAGUUUGGUUCGUUUCUUUCUCCUUUACAAGCGUUUUUUGUGUGCGUGACGGUUAUAACGUGUGCCUCUGACUCUGAGGAGGAAACGAUGUCAAAGACCACCGGAAGAUCUUCAUCCCCGUUUGCUCCGCCUCUAUCUCCCGUUGGUAGAGUCUAAAACCCACAAGUUCCGGGACACAGAGAGAGGGGGGAGGAGUUAUCUAGUGGUCGUCUUUCUUUCUUUGAAACUCUUUUUUUUGUGUUGUCUCAAGGAAACCAAAACACAUACAACCAUAUAUAUUCAGAAUAUAAUGAAUGUAUAUAGUAUAAAAUAUAAAUACACGCUAUUUCAAAGUUACCAUCAA